AUGCAGAUUACCAGAUUAACAAACGUGGUGGUAGUUUUGUUUUUAUCAAUAGUAGCUAUGACCUUAGAGGCUAACUUAACUAGGUUUGCUGAUUGUAUUUCCUAUUAUUCAAAUGAAGAUUAUACAUACAAUAUUGAACAAGGUGUGAUUGCUGUAUUCCCAGAAAAUGAUAGAGUCAUAGAUAGAAGAGGUGUUGAUAGUGUUGUCUUUAGAUGUGCACAAAUGAUUGGUGCUCCUGGGUGCUUUUAUCUUAGACAAAAUUCUCAUCCUGCUUAUACUCCUGUGCAAGCAUUAACUGGUGUUCAGCUACUUGAACAAACAAUAGAAGGUGUCAUUUCCCUAGUCGAAGAUCCUAGAACAAACACAAAUAAUAGAACUGGGACGCUGGAAAGUCGACGUGAUACUGCAUACUACGGUUUUGGUGGAUUUAGUACAGAACAGAAACAUUAA